AUUCGACCACGUACACAUUAGAGUUUAUACCAGCUGGUACAUAUGUAUAGUAUGAUGUAAACGACGUACUAGCUAGUUGAUCGCCCUUCAAAACAGAGAUGUCAUCAUCUUUAGUGCAAGUAAAAUUGCCUGGGAAAGAUGUUGUCAAACAUGUCAAAGAAGAAGCUGARCACUGGACKGGUGUGAGCCGACAUCUAUGGAUUUCAGCAWUGUUUUUAGGUACAAUGUUGUUAUAUUCUGCUCGUUCAGCUGUUCCACUAUGUAUUGCAGCCAUGAGUCGAGAUCUCAAAUGGGAUAAAUUCUCAGAUGGUGCAGUCAUGUCUGCUUUCUUCUGGGGUUACACACCAGCGCAGGUYGCWGGAGGGUAUCUGAGUGAUUGUUAUGGAGGAGAAAUAGUGUUAGGUUAUACUGGAAUAAUAUGGUCAUUAUGUACGUUUGUUGUGCCUUUUCUUCCUGCUGGUCAGGUGUUGUUUUUCCCUCCCAUUGYCAUAGUAAUUUUAUCAAGAGUCUGCACAGGUCUGUCACAAGGUCUUCACUAUCCUUCACUGACGAAUAUCAUUGUUAGACGAAUACCAUCAAAGCAGAGAAGUUUCAUGACAGCGUUGAUAUUCUCAGCUGGUAAUGUAGGGACACUAUUGAUGGGUAGUGCKGGCUCUCUUAUUCUUGAUAACUCUAACUGGCAAACUGURUUUCUUGUCCAAGGUGUGGUUGGCCUACUAUGGGCAUGGAUAUGGCGGUAUUAUGCUAUCAUGCUUUAUAGUCAAAGUGAUAAAUCUGGAAAACUUAAAGAAAAUGUCCGCAAGAAUUCAUUUUUCUCUGUACCAUAUGGAUUGUUUUUUAAAAAUGUUGGAGUUUGGGCCCUGAUCAUUUGUCAAUUUGCACAUGCUGGAGCAUUUUGGAAUCUAUUUUCCUGGCUACCUUUGUAUUUUGAAGAAGUUUUUCAUGUUUCCCACAAAAAUAAUGUCAUGAAAUGGGUGUUUAAUGUUAUGCCUUGGUUAGUAAUAUUYCCAUCUUCAACUUUGUCAGGACUAGUGGCAGACUACAUGAUAACAUCAGGCUUUUCUGUAACAUUUGUGAGAAAAUUGUUUCAAACUGUCUCRAUGUGUGGAAGCUGCUUGUGUAUGUUAUYAUUUGACUGGGURAAAACCUUCAAUCAAAACCUAGUACUUAUCAUGAUUUCAAUGGGCCUUCAUGGUCUGGCACAUAGUGGAACUUCAACAACCCCUCAAGAUAUGGCACCUAAAUAUGCAGGGUCUUUAUUUGGUAUAAUAAAUGCUGCUGGAGCCUUUUCUGGUAUUGUGCUAGUUCCAUUAUCAGGACAUGUGUUAGCAAAAACUGAAUCAUGGCAAUCAGUGUUCCAUCUCAAUGCAAUCACACUUCUACUAGGAUCAUCAGUUUUCCUAGUGUUUGGUACAGCUAAAAAAAUUAUUUAAUAAAUAUAGUCUUGACGGAUAAUUGGCAUUGGUCCUUGGCAUUCAUAAUGUUUUAGCUCAAACCUAAGUUCUAAACCUAGACCCGCAUAAUAUAUGAAAAUAAUACUUGUACGGACCCGAACAAGAAUAAUAAUAAGACCCGGGGGAAGGGGGGUACUCCCCUAUAUUCGCUAUACGGGGACAGGCAAAAAUUCGGUCUACACGCAGGCUCAUGCAGGAUUUUACUCUGGAACACUGUAUCGUUUUCAGCGAUUUCACUCUGGAACAGGGUCAGGGUUUUGAGGUCCCAGUGGCACACCCCAACCCAAGUUUCAGGGGAGUACGACCCUCAAAACCCUUACCCUGAUGAUCCCAGACUAGAUACAAUCACAGGCAACCCUAACCCUAACCCUAUCCUAGACAAAACUACUACCCUAUCCCAGACAAAAAGACUACCCUAUUCCCGGAUAAAUUGGCAAAAAAUGAUACCCUAUCCCAGACUUGGAGCUUCGAAAAAGGAACCCUAUCGAGCCAAAGUAAACCACAGGUACAGCACUAUAACUUUCUUUCAUUUCUAUAUUGUGUAAACCACAGGUUUACCGUUUAAUAAUUUUGUGGAAUAUGUUAAGUUUAAUAAACUCUAAACAUUUUUAUCUA